UAGCAAGAUGUGCGCAAGAAAUAAAACGUGCCUUUUAUAAACAUACUUUAUCCAACCACGGUGACCCCUUGAAAUUGUUUUUCAUUUUAUCCCCUGUAAGAGGGAAAUGGUCAACUCUAGCUCUCUCUGUGUUCACUGACUUUGCUCACUGUUUUCACAAAUUCAUUCUGAACCAAUUAUCUUACUUGAGUGCAUUUCUGUGAUGAAAAAAGAAACUUUCCUGGAUCCUUUCUUUCCUAUUAAGUGUGUGUCGCUCACCUGCUGUUCAACCGUUCGCUUCAUUUGUUAUUUUGUUCAACUUUCGUUUCCUCUCAAUGCUACCCAAAAUAGCUUAGUUAAUUAAAAAAUUGAAUUUUCUAUUAUCAUUGAUAAUAUCAUUGAUAAGUUAACAAUAGCUGAUCAUCUGAUGCCCUAUCACCUUUAUUGGUCACUGUCCCCUCUUUACUGGUGUUUACCCCUUACAGACAUACAAUUGUCUUCUCCCUCAGUUUGAGAGAUUUAUUUUUGAAAUUUUGUUCCUCAAAAUUAUUUCAAAAUUCCAGUCAAUAAUUCAACUUCAACGAAUGAAAUCAAUUCGUUUACCCAAGGGUUCUCUAUGGAGUACCUGUUAAUUAAUCGUUCAAGCCUUCAGGCUUUGUGCUCUUCAAUUGGUUGGAAAAGUGAAAAUGGCCAUUAUGAGAUUAGCUCGGAUUGUCUGGCUACUCUUAUCUCGAUUGAGAAUCAAUUGUUAAAUGAAAAUUUAACAACUCGAAACAUUCGCCUAAGUCUUGGACUUUCGCGAAUUAUUGAACGAGAUUUACUCCAUAUUGUGGAACAAACUGAAAUAAUUGCUGAUCCGAUAAUCAUACAGACCACUGUAAGACUUUUGGUCAAUUUAACUCUACCCGCUGAAAUAUUGUUACCUGGCGCUUACAAUCAACCCAACAGUCAAUUAAAUGAUUUGAGAUGUUCUAGCCAUUCGUUGAUUACAAGAAUUAAACAACUCCAGAAGAUGUUAUUAGAUGCUAAAAAGGCUUUCAUUUCUUCAAACCGAGUAACCGCUUCAUUGAUACAUACCAUGAGAUUUGCUUCGUUAACUUCAUCGUCCAAUUUCAAAGCGACGAGCCAUUCGAAUCAAAGCUUGCCCUGUUUUCAUUCUGGUAAAUUUGCUUCCUCUUCUUCCAUCCAAAAAAAUCUAUCUGGAAAAAUUGAUUCAAGUGAGACUAAAUUGGACAAUACUGAACGAAAUUUGAUCCGUGAUUGUCUUCUACUCUUUCGUAAUCUUCUCCAUGUUCCUGAUAAGAUUGUACCUCAUAUUUUCGAAUCGGAUCCAGAGUCGAAAAGUGAAGAAACAAAUGUGGAUAAAGAAGGGAAUAGUAAUGGUCGAGUUACAAGCGAAGGAUUUUCAAAAGAUGACUGGCAAGAUACUCAAAGGCGACUUAUUUGGAGUCUAAUGGUUCAAGGUUUGGACAAUACUUUGUUAUUCUUGAUGUCCACUCCAUACCGAAGGAAUUGGAUCUGUCAAAUUGCCCAGUUGAUUACGAUUCUCUAUAGGAACCAACCAGAUUCCAAGUUAAUACAAUGUAUUUCAACUAAAAAUUCAGCCUCUGACUGUUCUGAAGAUGACGUUGAAAGUGAUCACACAUUAUCAGCUCAGCGAUCAUCUUCAAAUUCCAUAUUGUCUGACUCUUCAUCGUCAAAAGAAGGUGGAGCUGAAUCAUCCGAGUCUGGAAAAGAUUCAGGAUAUUAUCAACAAACGGAUGGUUCCAACGAGGAAAGUAUGGAAACCAAUGGGUCCAAAACAGUCGACGCAAACCGGGUUAAUAAUAUGGAAACGAAAAACGCUUCUAAUAGUGAAUGGAGAAAAAACAUGAAAAGGAAAGACUCCGGGUCUGAUAAUAUUUCCAUGGAGAAUGGAGAAACAUUUGUUGCGGUUAAAAAUCAUAAAGAUUCCAAUGAAAAUGAGGCAGCUCUUUCACCUUCAAAUGAUGCAAAAUCAGAUACUCAAGAAUAUGAGAGAAUAGAAGAAGACAUUAUUGGUAACCAGACUUCUGGUUUUUCUGGUUCAUCCGAAGAAGAUACUCGAUGUAUGCAUAAAGUGAUGAAGCCUCAUCAAUCGUCAACUGUUAAGCCUACAGAAUCUGACGACUCGGAUGAUUCCGAUUAUGAGGGAGUUAAGGCCGUUCGAAGUCACCAUCAUCCUCCAAAUGUCACUCGAAAGACUAAAAAUUGUUCCUCCGCUCCGCGUCCACCUAAUUGUUGUCCAUCAAUCUGCAUGGAAACUGCUAUUGCAGCUGCUUUAUCGUCAAUCUCGGUAUCUUCUGAACCAAUAUCAAAGAAUUAUCAAUCAAACCCAUCUAAUAGUUCACUACCAACAUCACAAUCAAAUAAAUCAAAAGAUCGACCUAAUUAUUAUUCAAACAAGAAAACCAAAACAACAUCUUCCCCUAAUCAAACUGUAAAUUCCUCUCCAAUCAACCCAAACUCAGUUAAAACUGAAUCUUCAAUCAAACCGAUUGCUCCAUGGGAUAAGAAGAAAACCUGUGGAUCAAAAUCAACUCCAAUUGGUAACGAUUCGAUCGCUCCAAGUGAUAAUGACAUUUGUUCGCUUCUCAAAGAGUUUACUCUUAAAUUUGUCCAUAAUUUUUUCUCCUGUCUUAUUGUUGAUCUUUCCAAGGAGCUUCUCCUGUCUUACUCAUCAACAUCGAACUCAUCUUCACCAUCUGCCCCAUUCUCAUCAUCUCUUGAUAUCUCUCACCUUUUAUGGUUACUCAGUUAUUUCCUCAAAAUAUCUUCAUCCAUUGAUCUCAACUACAACCAUAUAUCACCCAUUUUGCAAAUAGACAUGUUUGCAUUCCUAGUCUAUAAUGGGUUAAUUAUUAACGAGGAACUGGAACUACUCUCAACCAGGGCCAUCGGAGGUUCCCCUUCAACCAUACCACCAUCAACAUCUCAUGCACAUUUAUCAUCAUCGUCACCAGAUUUAACUAUGAAUUCACCUUCAUCCAAAGAAACAGGAGUCAAUGUUAAUUUUAUAAAUGGCCAGUUACUUCAAGAUGACAAUAUUAAGAAAUUAACCCGAAAACUUCAAUUAUUAAUGUCUGCUUUAAAAGAAAUGAUCAUGACUAUUUCAGGCUACAUAAGUAAAUCCUCAGCUGGAGAAGAGGAAAGGCAAUCACUUUAUAAUUUAAGAUCGUCUCUUGCCAAAAUGACUGGUUUGAGACAAUUUUUCCUGUUGCUUACUCGCUGCUACUCGCCAAUCAUUCAUCCUAAAUCAUUUCUUGUUGAUUCAAUCAUUACUCACCACCACUUGCUGCUUCUUCUCGAUGAACCUUACCAGCGAGGAAAUUUGAAUCUCGUUGAACACCUUUCACAAUUUGCCACAAUUAAAGUAAUGGAACAAUAUGGCCGAGUAUUGGAAUCCUUUCAAUCCAAUAGUGAAAUGGUCAACAAUUGUGUUUUUACAAUUAUGCACCAUGUUGCUGGUGAUUUAAGAAACCCAGAAUGUCUCUUUCAACCAAUCAUUUUGAAAACCUUUUCUCUUAUAAUGGAAUCUGAUAUGGAACUUUUAGAUUCUUGGGAAGAUUUAAUGGAAUAUGUAAUGAAUCGUUUCGUAAAGGCAGCAACCAAAUCAAAUGCCAACAAAUCAAACAAAUUGAUUGGUGCCUCUUCUGGUGUUGGUCGUUCAACAGAUAAUUCAGUUGUUGACCAAAUGCCAAUGAAUUGCUCUGUAGCAUCAUCAUCUGGCUUUUUAUUAACAACUGAAUCGUCAGAUAAUCAAAUAAUCUGUGAAGAUGAAAACAUAAUCGGAAAAAUACGAGAUGAUUCAGGAUCGAUUGCCACUUCAACUCAUCAGACUAACCAUGCAACCAUUUGCAGUUCAGUUAAAUCUUGUGUAUCUGAUGAAGAUUCAUCCAUUGAUUUAACCAAUUUGGAUAAUAAUCACGAUCAAUUAUACUGGCUAUAUCUUCAAUAUGAACAAACAAAUGAUCCAAUAACUUGCAUUUUAGAGGUUAUAAUGGAAGAACAAGGCAUUAAUCUAGAUCGAGCUGAAUUAAUUUCACAAUUAAUGAUAAGAAGAAUCAUAUCCUCUGAAGAAUAUGAUCGAUUCAUGGAAUACUCUUACGGUAUGGAAACAAGCAAAAAGCCAGAAAUAGUAUUAUUAAUAAAUUGUGAUGAUAAUGAAGAGACCAAUGAUCAAAUUGAAGAUAUUGAAAAAGACUAUCAUAUCCAGGAUCAUAAAGAUUCAUCCUCAUAUCAAAAGAUUGAUUCAUUUUCUUCAGAUUUAAACCAAUGUGGACUUAUUAAAACAGAGAUAAAUCUGCAUCACGAGGAAACAAAUUUUAUGAAUAUUGACCAGGACUCAAACAUGUUGGAUGAAACGGCUCGAGAAGUUGCAGAAAUUGACCGGUUAAUAGAAAAACUGAUUAAAAUGGGUUUUGCUGAUCAACUUUCUUGGAUUGGAUCAAUUCUGUUGGACAUUGUAAACGUUAAAAUGUGCGAAGUUAAGGGGGUUAAACAAGAUUGUCGAAUACUUGAGCCAGUUGCCUAUUUCAGCAAUAUGCUUGGACAACCAGUUCCAAUCGUUCCUUUCAAUGAGAAACAAGAAUUGGCUUUAAACUCUAAACCAAUGAUUGAACUAUUACACCGAAUUGGAUUCCAUUCACCGAGUGAUGUUUCAAAAUUAUACCCAAGAAUUCCUAUAAUAUUUACUCCUGAUAUAAUAUUUAAAAUUGCCUGUAAAAUAUCAUCACCAGAAACAAAAAAUUUACUCUUUAAGCCUGAAGAAAUAUUGGAAACUGGAAAUUUCAGAAUGGAUUAUACUUUACAAUUUAUUCUAGUUUUGUUCACUUUGAGUUGUUUAUCAGCUUCAUCUAUAACAAUUGGUAACAGUUCAGAAUCAACAGUCUCUUUCAAUGCUGCUUUUUUCCCAUUCAAACAGUUACCUUUUCCCAUUGAAAGAUUAACAGAGGAACCAUCCAAAGUUGAACAAUUGGAAAAGUUAAUUUUUGAAGUUAAAUCUUUUUUCAACCGUUCAUCUGAUAAUGAAUCAAAACGCAACUCGGCUAGUCUUCACUAUGAGACAGAUUCAUAUGUUUACGAUAUUCUGAAGCGUAUGUUGGAUGUUAUUUCAUUUCAAGAAUUUUUUACUCGAGUUAGAGAAGGAAUUACUUCAGCAACAACUUGUUUAACUUGUCGUUUAUUAUCAAUAUUGUAUACAAAUGAUAAUUUGAGUACUUAUUCAUAUUUGUACAUGAUUGAAACGCUAUGUGUCUCUUUGGGGAUUCAAAAGAAACACAUUUGCCGGGAAAUGAUGGAUCAAGUUGCAAAUGUGUUUGACUACGUUAGAUUCAAUACCAAAUUGACAUCUGAAGAAAUGUGUGGUGUUUCCAUUGGGUUAGGAUGUGUCAUGUUUACCACUGAAAAGCUAAAUUGGACCGUUAAGUUACCUGAAGAUGAUCUAUCAAAGAUGAUAAAGAAUGAAUCACUUACUGUGAGACAAAAAGACCAGACAAUUUACGCUUUUGCUCAAGUAACAGAUGUUCAUAUGGAUCCAUUGUAUGUCCCAGGUACUGUUGCUAACUGUAAUGAACCCGUUUGUUGUCGCCCUGACCAAGGAUUUACUGAUCAGUUUGUUGAUGCUGCUGGCUUUUGGGGAACCUACAGAGGCUGUGAUACACCAGUGUCAACCAUUUUUCAAACAAUGGAACGUCUCAAUGAAAGUUCUCAUAUGCUACAAUAUAUUUUAAGUACUGGUGAUGUGGUUCCUCAUGAUGUUUGGAGUUACCGGAGAGCAACAACACUUUCAUUAUUAGACAUAAUGGACAAAGCUUAUCAAAUAGUUGAACCGAUUCCUGUUUAUUCAGCCAUUGGUAAUCAUGAAGCUAUUCCAGUUAAUAGCUUUUCCCCAUCAGCCAAAGAGAUAGAUCGAGAUGAUUUAACUAAUGAUUGGCUAUAUCAAAGUUUGGCCCAUAGAUGGGCUCAGUGGAUUCCAGAAGAGUAUUCAGAUGAUUUCAAAAGACGAGGUAAUUAUGUUGUCAAGGUUCGCCCUGGUUUUCGGAUUAUCCAAUACAAUAGCAAUUUCUGUGCUCGGACAAACCCAUGGAUAUUAUAUGACAGUGUUGAUCCUGGAGAUAUAUUACAAUUUCUGGUCCGUGAAUUAACUAAGGCUGAACAAGAAGGUGAUAAAGUUCACUUGGUUGGACAUAUUGCUCCAGAUCAUAAGGAAUGUACUCAGGCUUGGUUACAUAAUUUCAUUAGGAUCAUUGAACGUUAUCAACAUACAGUUAAAGCACAAUUUUAUGGACACGAUCAUCGAGAUGAAUUUAGACUAUACUAUUCUCUGACUGAUCCAACAGUCCCGAUUGGUUAUGCAUUCAUUUGUCCAGCGCUAACUCCAUACUCUCAAACAAACCCAGGCUAUCGGAUUUACCAGAUGGAUAAUCAAGGAAUCAUAAUAGAUUACGAGACACAUUAUUUCAAUCUAACUGAGGAUCAAUUUUCUAAUCAAAUUAACUGGAAAUCAGCAUAUAGAGCAUCUGAAUUAUUUGAAACAGACCAAAUAACUCCUAUAGCUCUUGAUCGGUUCUUAAAAAGGCUUGAAAAGGAUGAUCAACUUUUUGCUGAUUAUUACAGAUAUUUUUAUGUAAUGACUGAUGAUGAAAGCGGCCGAAAUUGGGAUGAAAGUGUAAAGAAGGCGAUCAUCAGCAGCCAUAUUGUAAAAUUACCAAUGCGGACAGCACCAAUACCACUCGCAAAUUAACAGAGUCAACUAUUAAAUUAAAAAAUGUACGAAGUAGUACCAUAAUGUAAUAAGUGUUCAAUUGUUAGUAAAGUUACUAGUUUUUAAAUAUUUAUUUUCUGUAAAAGCUUCCUAUUAAUCAGUCAUAUUUCAAACUCUAAAUGUUAUUUUGUAAAUAAAUGCUUUAUAUCGACUAGUCAACAGAAAAUUUUAACCAAAAAACAUUAUUAAACUUUAUUUUUAUUAAAAACUAGUCAUUGGAAAUCACUGAUUCUCGAUUGAGUAGUCAAAGAGCAGCGACUGUAAUUUCCCAUUCACAUAAACGCAUAUAAGUCGCUUUGACAACAUUGUUAAGGUUAAGCUAGUUAUAACAACUUUCUUUUCCUAUUUCUCCCAGGGGCCUCUGGUCCCGAUAAAAAUUCAAAAGCAGAAGCACUAAUC